CCAGGUUUCACGGUGUCGCCGCAAGCCGAGAGCAUUAAGUAUUUGAGGUGGAACAACCAGGGUAUGACGUCCAAAGGUGAAGACGAUCGCUGCACUGCGGGGUGAACAGGCAGUUGGCAUGUGGGUUUUAGUGAUGCUCGCCCUAGCGGCGGUAGCCACAGCCGAUUGCCCACGUCACUGCGAGUGCAAGUGGCGCAGCGGCAAAGAAUCCGCACUAUGUGCACGCGCCGGACUCUCAUCUAUCCCUCCACGACUAGACCCGACCACGCAAUUGCUAGAUCUCUCAGAAAAUCGACUACCGACUCUACGUGAUGAUGUCUUUGCCUCAGCGGGACUUCUUAAUCUUCAACGUCUUUAUCUUCCUUCAUGCAGCGUCCGAACUAUACGUCAAUAUGCCUUCCGCGCUUUAGUGAAUCUCGUUGAGUUAGAUUUAUCUCGAAACCGACUUGAUUCAGUGCCAUCACACACAUUUGAUUCCAUUCCCGAACUACGUGAGCUGAAACUGAGUGGUAAUCCAAUAGCAAAGAUUUUAGAUGAAUCAUUCACUUCAUUACCACAUUUGGUACGCCUCAGUCUUAGUUCUUGUAAGGUUGCUGAAAUAGAGCUCCGGGGAUUUACUGGUUUGGAGUCAUCUUUAGAAUAUUUGGAGCUUAGCCGGAAUAAGCUACAGGUUCUACAUGUUGCAGUACUAGCAUCGUUACGAUCUUUGAAAGGAUUAGAAUUGGCAAAUAAUCCUUGGGAAUGUACUUGUGCAUUGAGACCUCUACGUGAUUGGAUGAUUACAAAAAAUGUACCAGCAACUGUGGUGCCAGAAUGUGCAUUGCCUUCCCGAUUAAUGUCGCAUUCUUGGGAUAGAUUGGACUUGGAAGACUUUGCGUGUCAACCAGUGGUCAGUGCUUUUUCGAGUAACUUGAAAGGAGUGGAAGGGGAACAAGUUGUAUUAGUGUGUCAAGUGAAAGGAGUACCAGCACCGAGAGUUCGCUGGGUACGUGCUGGUCGAUUACUGGCAAACACUACUUCUAAUGUCAAUUCUGGUAGAGCUUUUAUGUUACGUAGUGAAGGUCAUACGAGUAAUUUAACAAUAGUAUCUGCUGAUAUUCAAGAUGCUGGAUCGUAUACUUGUAGUGCCGAAAAUCGGGCAGGAAAGGCUGAACUUACUUUGAAUUUAGUCAUAGAGAAAAAACUGGAAAAAACAGCAUUUUCUAUCUUUAAUGUAAUUGUAGGCCUAAUUGGAUUUAUUGGCCUUCUAUUAGUUAUAUUAACAACAGUAAUGUACGUGAUGGGUUUUUAUAAAAAAAGACAAGUGGAUCGAUGGGAUCAACAAAUUGUAACAACAAGUCAUCGUGACGAUACAUAUGAGAAAAUUGAAGCUGGUAUAAAAAAUAUAGUCGAAGUACCAAAGAUACUACCUAAUGACAACAAUCGUAAAAGAGGCGAUUAUAGAAACGUUCCAUCACACGACCCAGAAGAUGAAUUAGAAGGAUAUCUGCGAGGUGAUUUGCAAGAGGAAAGGGAAUGUGCGAUAUCUCCACCUAUUGAACCAAAUUGGCGAAGAUCAGAUUUUGAACAAAUAACAAGAAAAGUUAGCGUAGAACAAGAUUUACACAUACCUCAAUAUAGCGAAUACAAUUUACGAUGUGACGCAACCCCAGAAUCGAUCCAAAGCUCAAAUUCAGCAGGAAUAAUGAAUCCGCAUUUAGAAAUCCUGCCGGACAAUAAGAGAUUUAAUAAUAAUUCGAAACCUUGUCAUCGUUCGAGACCCCGGGAUCGUUUGGACAAUGACCUCUCCGGUAGCGACAGUGAAAAAAACUAUCCUGAUCUAAUAGAAAUGAGUACUUUGGGUACCUCAAGCUAUUUGCAAAGCGAGAUGAAGCACGAUCCCUAUCAUUUUUACACAAUUCCUCGAAGAAAAGAGGGCGACAGUCGAAGUCCACUCCUCAAUAGUCGUAGAAAUAGUUCUGGUGGAGAUUCUGCAUCUUUUCUUGAUAGGUGUUAUGAAAAGUCACGACGAUCGUCGGGUAGGCGGUCUAAUAGUUUUUUAGAUCUUUCUACUGGUGGAAGCCGAGUAAGGCGUAAUCCAAGCCUUCCCGCUUCGCCUUCGAGGGAGCAACCGACUGUUCCGUCCGCGACGCCCUUGCUAGACCUAUCUGGGCUUCGAGACUACUCUCGCGCAGGUCAGACGUUGGAUGAUUUUGAUUUUAGAGCAUCACAAUUGGAGAAAUUUUUAGAGGAGUACAGAGCUCUACGCGAACAAUUAUCUAGAAUGAAAGAAACUCGUGAAAAUUUACAAAGGACAAGGGCUGCAGAAAAUGAUGAAUUACGGUCGAUUUUAAAAGGAAAACCAAGUAUAGCUGUCACUGAAACAUCUUCCUCGGUCGCCUUAGCAGAUGCAGCAUCGCCACUCGCUCUCAGCCCCACAGAAUACAAGACACAACAGCAGAGGCCGGAGUGGCUAACGACCUUACUAUAUCGAAACUAAUAGAGCUUUUGUUAUAAAAAUAAGUUUUGUAUGUGAUAUUUGGUGAGAUCGGUGGAUUUAUAAAAUUAAACUGCAUUAGUGAGUGCUGUAUAAAAUGAUAAAUUUCGGAACUAAAACAUUAGUUCAUUCAUUAAAUGACUGUUAAUAGAAUAUAAAAUUGUAAAUACAAUUUCGGAAGUGAUAUCUAUGAUCAAACAUAAUAAUUAAGUUAUUGUUUAUAGACAAGGUGCAAA